AUGGGCAAACACAAAACUCCCUUGGAAGACAUACCGUGGCAAACAAGGCUCGGAGUCAGACUGUACAACAAAGACGACUGCAAUGCCGCAAUCCAUGGGCAAAAAAUCCCAGGCGCUCUAGGGUUGAAGGUCCAUCGCUUCUGUGUUAUCCGUGGCAUUCGAAAUCACGAAGGGUUUGCCCAUGAGUUACGUGGUGUCGCGCCGGAGUUUACUCGAGCACUCAACGCACGUGAAAUUAUGAGUGAAGUGAUUCCAGAUAUCAGCGACCUCUGA